CAUUAGCUUCACAUUUAACACAUUCAUACUUUUAUUUUAUUCAUGGCCAGGGGUGAACAGGACACAGUCCAGUCAUUUCUGCCAUCACCAGCAUGGGGAGGAUUGUCACAAAUGGACAGACUGGUCCUAUGGGUUUCUGAUGGAAUGGCACAUGUAGUACAACAGAUGUGGUAUGAUAAGAAAUGUGCAGCAUAAUAUCUAUGGUGAAGAGAGACAUUGGUAAUCGAAUGUCUAUGGUAUGGUGAGGCAUGUGCACAUCUUUCCCUUGAAUUUGUUUUUUUAGGGACACUGGCAGACUCCUGCCAUUUGAAAAUAAAUAAUACAAAUAAAUUAACUGAUGUAGUCCUCAGCCUCAGUUGCCAUGAUGAGGUUAAAGGUUAAUUAAAGGUUGGGGUCAGCUUAUAGUGAAACGUGGGGAGAAAGUUUUAGUCAGUGAUUUGCUCUUUUUAUUUUGAUUUUUAUGUGGUGAUUCAUUUGAGGAGGAACCAUGGAAGUUUGCAAUGAGUCGUUUCAACAAGUCUUAACUUGGAAUCAAAUUCCUAUGCUAAUUCAAACUGCCUUGUACUUUUUCUCAUUUAUUUUGUGUUUUUGAAGACUACACAUUAUAUGUUACAAUAAUAUAUGUAUUAACUUGGUUUCCAAAUUUAUUAAGUUGUCUCUAACUGAAUGAUAUACGAAUCGCCAUGGCUUAAAUUAAGACCAUAUUUAAGACGUUUAAAUCCACACAAGGACAAGAUGGCUGUAGCAUGCCACUCCUCACUCUGCCAGUGGCACAGCGCCCUCUUGUGCUGUGGUGGAAGAAAUACAGAUGCAAGACAGCCCAAUAGAACAAAAGGAACAGAUUCGGCUUUCUCGGGUAUCACUGACACCAGAUCUGUAUCAACAAGGUAACGGCGAUAGCUUCUCUCCAGCACAGUCCAGAACAUGGUGGAUUUAGCGGAGGAGUGAUCCUGCUGAGCAGCACGAUGCAGCUGGAUCUGUGCCUCAGCCCCUGGUUCCAGGUGAUAUCUCAUCUCGAAGGCUCAGCACCAUGAGAGCUGCCACCAGCACCAGUGCCGGCGGGACCAGGCAGGCCAUCAACGCCACAUCGCCACCCAAUGCCGGCGCCCCCACUGCCUCUCACACCAACACUCAUCAUCUCAGCACAGGUGCUGUCAAACCUCGGCUUUUUGUCAGCGGCCCACCAGCUAAUCCUGUCAAGGUGUCCAGGACACACCAGGAGCUGCACAAGGAGCUUCUGCUGGCGCACAAAAAGGGCCUGGUGAUGUGCAGGAGACCGGAGCUGCACCUGGUGCUGGAGCGACGGAGGAAGGAGCAGACUGAGAAGGAGGAGGGUGAGCAGAACCGGACCCCCUUGGAGCGUGUCUUGCUUCAGAGGCAGCAGAUAAACCAAGAGAAGGAGAAGCAACUGGAGAAGGCCAAAGAGGAUCCCCAGCUGCUGGAGUUUCUAAGGGUUCGAGAAAACCUCAAGAAGAUCCACUCAAGGCACAUGAACGAGCACAGUGGGAGAUAAGGCCAGGCAGUGUAGAAAUCUCUGACAAUAUAGACUCCUCGACGAAUAAACACAGACUCCUCUGCCAGAUGGAAAUCUAGUAUCAGUGCUUGAAUUUGUGUUCUAGAUAUGUGUGGGGACGGCCUGCUUUGUUUGCAUUUUUGGGGAAGUAGCUACAAGACAUCGGGAUGUAUUGGUUUCAGGUUUAAUCAUGAAAGACACCAGAACCGUCACAUACUCAUGCUGUGUAACUUUUACAGUAUUAACGCACUUUUUCCACUUGUCAACUAUAGUAAAAAUUAAUAUUUAAUUUUAAGUUGUGGCAUCUACAGCUCCUCCACUGCAAUAAAAUUUUAAAUGGUUUGUGAUCUGUUAAGUGAAUGGAACGAAAUGCAAGUACUAGGUCAGUCCGUCUGAAGUUCCUGUUGAAAUUUCUUUUCCAUUAAAUCCCUCCAAACUGUAUGUUUUUAAAUGCAUAAAAUUAUGAUUGUGUAAAUAUAAAACGUCAUCUCCUACCCUUUCUGUUGCACAAAACAAAACAUGGAAACAUUUCAAAUACGUUGUUCGUGUGUGUUUACUUGCUUCGGGGUGGAAACUCCCAUGCAGUUUACUGUUUUUC